CGAGGUGGGAAUUUUAAAAAAGAAAUACUUUUCACUCUAUUUUAUUCUCGCACACACUAGCAGAAAAAAGAAAAAUAGUCGAUAAUGGCGCCGCCGACCCAAGAAGAGAUCAAUGCGCUCAUUGCAAAAAAGCGAGCGGAGGUGAUGUCGCGCAUAGCUGGGAUGAACAUCCCAUCAGGAGGAGGAGGAGGGGCAGCAGUAGUGGGAGUACGGCCGUCACACCCACGUCCCUCGAUGCCCACGCCAAGACUCGGCAUUCUUGCGGCGCGGCCGCCAUCCACAGGAACCCUCAACACAGUGUCUAUACAGGACACAAUUGCAGCAACGCGCGCGCGCGUCGAAGCGCAGCUCAAUGCGCAAAGAGUCGGGACUGGGGCCGUAGCCAGAACCGGAGCCGGAGCCAGCAGCACCGGCAACGCACCCACUCCUCGCCCAGCCAUUGCACGCCCAGCAGGAGCAGCAGGCCAGGGGCAGUCGACGGAGCUGCACCCAAUGCUGCUCGGCAACAUAGCCAAGCCUGGCAACAUGCGACCAACAAUGCCGCGGAUCUCCUCGAUCAAAGCCAACCAGCGCAAAGACGAAGCGCCCAAGAUAAAACGGCUCAAGAUCGAGCGUGAAGUUCCAGCAUCCUUCACAGACCCCUUACAGAACCCCUACCUUGAUGCGCACCUCGGCAGCCACCUGAAGAUUGAGCCGCAGCAGCGGCGUGCCGGGCGGCAGUUCAGCUUUGUGCAGCCCGGGCGGUUCAUUGCGCAGGCCGAGCGGCUACGCGCGGAGGCCCGCGUGGACCAGCUCAAGGCAGAGAUUGCCGCAAGGGCAGAAAAGGCGCAGUUGGAGACGGAGUUCCUCGAUGCCACGGCUAUCCGGCCACAGACUCCGCCUCCCAUCGAAUGGUGGGAUGCGCCCUUUCUCGGCGGCAACACAUAUGCGGCAGAGCGCAAGCUCACAGGCGCAGAUUCGCCGGUGACCAUUUACGUGCAGCACCCAGUGAUGAUUGAUCCGCCGGCGGGGAUCACCAAUGGGGAGGCUGCGCCGAGCAAGCUGAUUCUGACGCAGAAGGAGCGCAAGAAGAUCCGGCGGCAGCGGCGCAUGGAGCAGCAGCGGGAGCACCGCGACAAGGUGAUGCUUGGGCUGUUGCCGCCGGACCCGCCCAAGCUGCGCAUGUCCAACUUUAUGCGCAUCAUGGCCAACCAGUCGGUGCCGGACCCGACGCGGCUCGAGGCCGAGGUGCGCAAGCAGAUGCGCUCGCGCAUAGAAAAGCACGAGGCAGAGAACCAAGCCAGCAUGCUUACCAAGGAGCAGCGCGCUGAGAAAGCCCGCGCCAAGCUGCAGGCCGAGGAGGCCAAGGGCGUGGUGGCCGCGGUAUUCCGCGUCAGCAACCUGGCCCACCCGCAGCACCGCUAUAAGGUGCAGGUGAAUGCCAAGGAAAUGCACCUGACGGGCGUUGCGCUGGCGUGCCCGCGCAUGGGCCUGGUUGUGGUUGAGGGCCCGGAGAAGCUCGUCCGCGCGUACAAGAAGUUGAUGCUCAGGCGCAUUGACUGGACCGACAUGCAGCCCCGGCUGGACAGUGCCCCUGCACAUGCCACCCCUGCGCAUGCCGCCCCUGCGCCGGAUGCAGGGGGCGCAGACAACGCGUGCCAUUUGAUUUGGCAGGGCGAGGUCGAGCGGCGGCGGUUCAGGUCCUUCCGCCUGCGCGUCUGCCCGGCCGAGUCGCAGGCAAGGAACUGGCUGGCCGGCGCCGGAUGCGAGUCAUACUGGCAGCUGGCCAAGCAAUACGAUGCUAGCGACAGUAUCACAGCGCUAGACCCGCUCGUAUAGGCCGGCGCACCUCCGCCGCCUUUUCAUCUGUCCGAACAAGACAACCUU